UGUGCUCGAGUACAAAUUUCAUUAAUUUGAGUUAUUCCACACACCGCUUGUGGAGCAGUUUCGAAAUAGUGUGAAGAUUUCCAUCACUCACGUACCGCGUAAAAGUGUCGUGCUGGGAACAAGGUUUCGUUUCGUGAACAAUUGAACAGCAAAAAUGGCUCGUGGUGAAGGCAAAGGUGAAAGUGUGGCCAGAUUGUCAAGUCAAAUAGCCUGCAUCAAGUACACGCUGUUCUGUUUCAACAUCGUGGCAUGGAUUGUUGGUGCUGGACUCUUUGCGUUUACCAUCUUUAUUCGGGCAGAGCCCGGUUUCGAUGAGUGGAUCGCCAUAUUGGAGGUAUACGAGUAUUACAUUGGAGUGUACAUUCUGAUCGCAGCUGGAGCAUUGGUUAUGAUAUUCUCCUUCCUUGGCUGCUGUUCAGCGCUGAUGGAGCAUUCAUCUGCGUUGUAUCUGUUCAUCGGAACGCAAGUUUUCCUGUUUAUACUUACCGUCAUAGGUUCUGCCAUCCUGCUCGAUUACUCGACGAUGAACUCAAGCAUUCAACCGCUGAUUCGUCAAACGAUGCUUCGUUUCAUCAUCACUUCCGAACAUCCUCACUCGUCAGCCGCCCUGAAGCUGAUCCAAGAGAGUAUUGGGUGCUGUGGAGCGGACGGACCCAACGAUUACAUGGUGAUGCGUCAACCAUUGCCGCUCGAGUGUCGCGACACUGUUACCGGUAAUGCAUUUUUCAACGGAUGUGUCAAUGAGCUGACCUGGUUCCUGGAGGAUAAGUCCAUCUGGGCCGCCAUCAUGGCAAUGAUACUGGCUGCCGUGCAUACGUGCAAUGCUGUGCUGGGCAUAGUGCUGGUUCAAGCACUGAGACGCGAGGAGGAAGCCAUGAACCGUCGCUAAACAGCAGUGUGACGAAAAUAAUCCCAACAAUGACAGCACUAAAUACCACAAUACACCCCCAAAACCCAGUACCAGGAGCAUAGAGCUAUGACAAGCUGGCAGUGGAUUGAAUUUGGAUUUAUUUUUCGUUGGUGCAGUAUUUGAAUGCCAGAGCUACCUUUUCCCCGUUUUACACUUACUUUACGUUUGACUAUAGGCGCUAGCGGUUAAUUGAACAAUGUCAGCAAUGUAACUUAACUUUAUAUCUUUGGUGUAUCGAAACUAAAU